AUGAGCCAAAUAUUAAACAUUCCACGUUCAUCAUUACAACUUUUAACUAUUUCUUUGCUUAUUUUCUUCACAAUUGUUGCUAUUCAUUCACAAUUAUUUUAUGAAAAAGCUGACGAGAAUGUAUCCACUGAUAGGCUUCAUCCAGCAAAUACUGAUGAGCUUAACAAAUGCCUUUCACCAGAUUUAGAGGAACAAGAGAAAAGUCAAUUUCGGUUUUUUGCCGCUGUUAUUGAUGCUGGCUCUACGGGAACAAGACUUCAUAUCUUUGAAUUCAGUCAUGAUACAGCAAAGGAUCCUAGCACAUUUAAGUUAGAGGCUGAAACAUAUAGAGAGACCAAACCAGGAGUAUCUGCUUUCGCAAAAACACCAGAACAAGCAGCAGAAAAUAUUCGAGUUUUGUUACUUAUAGCAAAAAAGCACAUUCCUGAAGAGCUUUGGGCAAAAACUCCAAUUACGUUUCGGGCAACUGCUGGUGUUAGGCUUUUGAAUGAUAAAGAAGCUGAGGGAUUACUUUCCCAUAUUGAAACUGAAAUAAUGUCGAGUGGUUUGUUAGUUGAUGAUGAUGCUGUUGGAAUGUUGAGUGGAACUGAUGAAGGAGUUUUUGGGUGGUUUACUCUCAACUUUUUACUUCAAAAGCUCGACAAUGUAUUAAAUGGAAGUGAGUAA